GGACAUUAUUCGACGCAGUUAGCCAUUGAAUUGGCUUGCUCCCUUUCAACCAUGGAGGUUUCUCGAGGCCUCUCGAUGGCUACGAAACGACUCUGUCGGUUCACGACAUCUUCCUUUCUUGCUCCAUUCUUGACACGUGCAUCGACACCAUGCAUACCAACAGCUACUCGAUGCUUCUCUUCCGCCCCAGUUCUGUCUGCAGCAGGUGGUUCCCGGCCUCUAUCAGACAAAGAAAAGGCUGCAAGGGAGAAAAUCAAGAGGAGAAGGAAGAAGCAUAGGGCAUACAAGCAAUAUAACCUCAAAGAUAUGGAGCAAUUCACUUUGUGUGAAGCAAUGAGGUAUAUCAAAGCAUUCGAAAUCGGCCACGAGCCCGACUCGCCAAAAUAUGACAUUCACAUCAAACUCCGCACCAAAAAAGACGGACCCGUGGUUCGCAAUUCGAUCCGCCUCCCCUAUCCCGUCAAAACAGACGUCAAAAUCGCGGUGAUUUGUCCGCCCGAUUCCACAGCAGCGCAACGAGCGCGUGAAGCCGGCGCCCACUUAAUUGGUGAAGAGGAAGUGUUUGAACGAAUUAAAGCUGGCAAAAUCGAUUUUGACCGGUGCAUUGCCGUGCCCGAGUCUUUGCAAAAGAUGAAUAAAGAGGGUAUACCGAGGAUAUUGGGACCAAGAGGUCUGAUGCCGAACAUCAAGAUGGGAUCUGUUGUGUCGAAUCCGGGCCCUGCCGUGAGAAAUGCGAUGGGCGGUAGUACGUACAGAGAAAGACAGGGCGUGGUGAGAAUGGCGGUGGGGAGAUUGAGCUUUACGCCAGAGCAGCUGAGGGAUAAUGUGAAGGCGUACGUUAACGCAGUGAAGAAAGAUGCGUCUGCGUUGAGUGACCAGAUUGUCAAGGAGAUCUACGAGGUGGUUCUGAGCUCCACCAAUUCUCCUGGCUUCUCUUUGAAUGGGGACUUCUACAAGCCAGCGCCGGGUGCUGCUACUCCCCAGCAAUUGGCAGUGGUUUGAAAGAGCUUUUCGAUUCUUCAGUGUACUAUACUGGGGGUAUAUGUCGCUCAGCCUCGGCGUACAGGUAGCAAAAAUGGAAAUAGAGUUGUCCCUCUACAGCAAGAACCCAGUCGGAGAAACAUCACUCUGCAAUUGCCCCCCGUA